AUGAUGAGAGCAUCUGGCAAUUAUAACAAUCGAUCUAAUGGUCCGAAUGCUGGAUUGAUGUCGUUACAAAUGUUACAGGGCCAGGGAGGCCAGAUUCAGGGUCAACCACAGAAUCAGUUGCAACAACAACAACAACACCAGCAACAGGGAGUAAUGCCGCUUCAGCAGCAACAGUAUAUAAACGCGGGUGCUGGAUACAAACAGAUGCUUCCAGAUCAGAGAGAUGACCAUGGGGAUGACCAACAACAGAUGCUGCAGGCUCAAGCGCAAGCUCAAGCACAGGCUCAGGCUCAAGCUCAAGCUCAGGCCCAUGCUCAUGCCCAACAGGCUCAUGUUCACCAGGCUCAAGCUCAUGCUCAUGCCCAUGCUCAGGCUCAAGCUCAAGCUCAAGCUCAAGCACAAGCACAGGCACAGGCACAAGCACAGGCUCAGGCUCAGGCUCAAGCUCAAGCACAGGCUCAAGCACAAGCACAGGCUCAGGCUCAAGCACAAGCACAGGCACAGGCACAAGCUCAAGCUCAAGCACAAGCUCAGGGUCAACCAAAUCUCAUGUUUCAAAGAAUGCAAGCCCGAAAUCAGAAUAUUAACCAAAUGGCUGCUGCCAGUUUACAAGCAUUUGGAGGAGUUCCAAAUGUUGGAGCUGGCGCCGAUAUUGGUGUUGGAGCAGGUGGUUUAGGAAACGGUCUUAUGAGCAGUUCCACAGGCGGGGGUCCACUGUCAAAUUACAACAACACAACAGAUAUAAACGCAUUCAAUGGAUCACUGCCCAAUCUAGGACUGGCCGGAGGAAUGAUGAAUAUAGCUAAUACAGGUGGUGCUGGAGGUGCACUUGGAGGACCAACUGGCAACUUAGCAGCAGCAGGUGGAUUAUCCGCUGCAGCUGCUGGUGGCUCGAUGAAAUCGUCGACAAUUGUCAAUGUGUGGAAAUGGAAUUUAGAAGAUCAAAUGGCUGCAAUUCGAGAUCUCGUCGAACGAUACAAAUACAUAUCAGUGGAUUGUAAAUUUCCUGGUAUUGUAGCAAGACCUAUUGGCACGUUUAAAUCAACGUCAGAAUACCACUACCAAACUCUGCGGUCUAAUGUAGAUAUUUUACAGGUGAUUCAGAUCGGACUGACUUUUGCUGAUGAAUACGGUAAUCAUCCUGUGGGAGUUGCAUCGACUUUCCAGUUUAAUUUCAAGUUCAAUGUCAACGAAGAUAUGUGUUCUGCCGACGGAGUCGAGCUGUUACGGCAGUCGGGCAUUGACUUUGCCAAACACGAAACAGACGGAAUAGACCCAUUUGCAUUUGGCGAGUUGAUUCUGACGUCAGGACUCACCCUUGACGACACCGUCAGCUGGAUCACUUUUCACAGCGGUUAUGAUCUGGGAUACAUUCUAUCUAUCAUGCUAAAUAACGAAGUCCCUGUUGAAGAAAGAGGUUUCUUAUCUACUUUAAGGACAUACUUCCCCAAUGUUUGGGACGUGAAAUGCAUAACCAAAACAUUCAAGCUAUCAAACAAGUCUCAACUGUCAGAAGUUGCUGACGAUUUCCAAGUAAGAAGACUUCCCAUGCCACAAUCAUCAGUCAACGGAGGACUGUCGUCUCUUGGAGGGCUCAGUCAAGCUGGCAACGACGCAUUUGUGACCAGCGGCUGUUUCUUUGAAAUCAAACGUCUGAUAGGCGAUGCCAACAUCAACAAAGUACGGAACUACCUCUUCGGACUGGGAGACGGUUUCGAAGACGACCCGUCCCAACAGUCUAACAACGGCACCAACAACGCAGCGGCCGCAGCCUCCGCAGCUAUCCUCAACGCCAUCUCUGGUGGUGCCACGGCCUCUGCCUCUGCCAGCCACGGCGUCACCAACGCCGCCAACAUCUUCCAGUUCGGCAAAAUGGGCGGUGGUGCUCUGUAA